AUGCAACUGACUCGCUGCUGCUUCGUGUUCCUAGUGCAGGGCAGCCUCUAUCUGGUCAUCUGUGGCCAGGAGGAUGGGCCCCCUGGCUCGGAGGACCCUGAGCACGAUGACCGUGAGAGCCAGCCUCGGCCCCGGGUGCCUCGGAAGCGAGGCCACAUCUCACCCAAGUCCCGUCCUAUGGCCAACUCCACCCUCCUAGGGCUGCUGGCUCCCCCUGGGGAGACAUGGGGUGUCCUCGGGCAGCCCCCCAACCGCCCGAAACAUAGCCCUCCACCCUCAGCCAAAGUCAAGAAAAUCUUUGGCUGGGGAGACUUCUACUCCAACAUCAAGACAGUGGCCCUGAACCUGCUCGUCACGGGGAAGAUCGUGGACCACGGCAACGGGACCUUCAGCGUCUUCUUCAGGCACAAUGCCACAGGCCAGGGCAAUAUCUCCAUCAGCCUGGUGCCCCCCAGCAAGGCCGUGGAGUUCCACCAGGAGCAGCAGAUCUUCAUUGAAGCCAAGGCUUCCAAGAUCUUCAACUGCCGGAUGGAGUGGGAGAAGGUGGAACGGGGCCGCCAGACCUCGCUCUGCACCCACGACCCAGCCAAGACCUGCUCCCGGGACCAUGCCCAGAGCUCGGCUGCCUGGAGCUGCUCCCAGCCCUUCAAAGUGGUCUGCGUCUACAUCGCCUUCUACAGCACGGACUAUCGGCUGGUGCAGAAGGUGUGCCCAGACUACAAUUACCACAGCGACACCCCCUACUACCCUUCCGGGUGACCCUGGGCAGGCCACAGAGGUCAGGCCAGGGCCAGAGGGUGGGCCUGC